UUUGAUGGCAAAUUAUGACUGCUUCAAAAAGUCAUCUUAGCUUUGCUAAUAUUCAGACGGUUAUCUGCAAUGUUCUGAAUUAAAAUGUACAGAAGUUUCAAAAUUCCAAGUAUAUUGCCAUGCCUGAAUCUGUGUCAAUAUCGGUUACCUGUGGUAAAUAGCCAAAUAUGCCAAAAAAAUACUCUGAUCAAAAUUUCGCAUCGCUUAAAAAGCCAACGCCGAAAGAGAUUGACCCGCUGUAUCAUUAUGCAGAGGAUUCCAAGACUGUGUGCCCGUCGUGCAAAAAAUGCUGUCGGAUUGAAAAGAAGCGUUUACAGAAAGAUAUUUGCUACUGUCGCGUGUCUGAAUCGAAAAAGGCGGUGACAUCGAGGAGAGCACGUGACAAACCAAUAAAAAAUACUAGGCCCAAGAAUCUUCCGAAACAAAUAACAACUUCUACAUACAUUCCGUCGGGGAGUAAAUCAUCUUGUAAAGAAUUAGAAACGCGACAAAUCUGCGACAAUCAAGAUCAGCAAGUAGUUUUCAGAUCUUGCGAUUGCCACGAAAUCAGAAAACCGAAAUCUGAGAAGCAUUCGUGUUGUUCAAAACUAUUGUGCUGCUCGUGCUUCACUCACGUUCGGAAACAAAGAAAAAGCAAGGUCUGCACAGCACCCUGCAAACAAUAUUUUUGCCCGUACAACACGGCAAGAUCUAAUUGCAAUGAGCCAGCUGUACCAUGUGUAAAAUGUACGCAGAAUUGUAAAGUCGCUGCUCAUAUCGAGGGUACCAGAAGACCCGAGAAGAAGCAAAGGAAAAUACGUGCAAAGACAGCAACUACUGUAGCAGCAGAGCUAACAACCACCACGUGUUCAAAUAGCGCUUCCGAAUCUUUUCCGGACAAUUCGACGACAGGAGACAAAAACCAGAAGAUAAAGUGGUCUGAGUUUACAAAGGGCAAGCCUCCUCAUAAUCAGAAGCGUGAGACGAGCAGGGUUCCCCCGAUACCAUCGAGGCUUAAAAAUCACUCAAGUAACUAUUUUCAGGUACCCGAGACAGAAGCGGAUGGCAAGAUCGUGCCAUGUAUAAAGAACCCAAAGAAAGUAUCCAGUCAAGCAUUGUGUAAAAAAUUGACAUUUGUGAGUUGUACAGAUCUGCAUGAUUACAAAGUAGAGACCAUGGUAGAAAAAAAAAGGACUGUAAUGGGUAUUGUUUUUGAUGUCAUAUUUUGGCCCUAUGUCUUUUGGCCUCGUGGAGACCUUUGUAGAUAACCUUGUUCGAAAUAAUUGAAUAAAACCCUAAUUGAAGCAAA